UUCUACCAAAGUGGUAACCAUGUAUCUCAGUAAUUUAAAUCUCUCUCUUUCUUCUCUCUUUCACAAGUGAAUAACUGAAUGAAUAAACAUUCUUCCAAUUGCUCCAUCCAUUACUUCAAAACUUCGAGCAAUACAACUCAGCAGAAAAAAAGCUACUUUUGUACAUCAGUUAAACACACGACAUUCUUCAUUCAAGUAAUCGUGAUCGUGUGCGUUGUGUGUAAAUUUUUCUCAGAAUGUAAUAAAAAAAAAAUACACAUUCAAUACAAAAGUGAAUCGAAAGAAAUAAAGAAAAUAAAAAAGAAAGAGUAAAGUCUGACUUCCCAUCUGUCAGUUGAUAUCUUUUUUUAUUUUGUUUAAACAAAAGAAUUGUUGCAAACAAAUAAAAUAUUUAACCAAACAGAAAUUGAAAUCCAAGUGAAAGUUCGAUCUUUUGCGUGAUUGUAAGCAAAAAAAAUAAAACAAAAAAAACCUAUCCGGCUAUCCGCCUAUCAAGUGACACUGACACAUUUCAGUAUCAAGUAGCUUCACUGUUGCCGCUCUCGCCCGUUUUGUGUUGUUGUUGUGCGUCGCACUGUGUUCUGAUCAUCGAAUUGAUGUUUUUGUUGUAAAAGUAAAACAAAAAAAAACAAAAUCUCCGCUCCACGUUUUCUGUCAUUUUUCAAAAAAAUUACAUACAAACAAUCGAACCGGAGAUUGCUAGUUGGAAAGUUUUGAUUUGUAUAAACUAAAAAAUGGGAUUAAUACACUUGUGAUUUGUGACGUCAUAAGAAUUAGAUUUUUUUUUAUAUCAUGCCACAGAAAGAUACACGGCAAAUGUGUGUGGCAGAAGUUGAAAGAAAAAUAAAUAAAUCCAAAUAAUGUCUAAAAGGUUUUGCAAUUUUACGCCGAGUUUGUUUUUUUUUGUAUCUGAUUCAUGCUGCAUGAUGUUAUGACGUAGGAGUGUCUGUUUAUAUGAACCAAUUACAAUUUUUUAAUUUUAUUCAUUUCAAUUUAAAUUGAGUAAAAGAGAUUUUUUUUUCGAAGAACUGAACGGAAAUAUGUGGAUCCAAGCGGGCUCCACAUUAACUCCCGAAAUGCUACUAUCCACUGCGGAAUCAUCAACUUAUACCGCUCAAGAAGUAGCCGGUCGAUUGCAAGUUGACGUUCGUACCGGUCUCAAAUGGACCGAAGCAAAAUACCGGGCCAAAAUAAUUGGCCACAAUGAACUGAAUGUGAUUGAAGAAGAUCCCACCUGGAAGAAAUACAUUGAACAAUUUAAGAAUCCUUUGAUUUUGCUUCUACUGGGUUCAGCAGCGGUAUCAAUUUUUAUGAAACAGUUUGACGAUGCAGUCAGUAUAACGAUUGCGAUAAUAAUUGUUGUGACGGUGGCAUUCAUUCAAGAAUACCGCUCAGAGAAAUCCCUGGAAGAAUUAAAGAAACUAGUCCCACCAGAAUGUCAUUGUUUGCGAGAGGGCAGGCUAGAUACGUUUCUGGCGAGGGAACUUGUCCCGGGAGAUGUAGUCUAUUUGAAUGUAGGCGAUCGGGUACCCGCCGAUGUGAGACUAUUCGAUGCAAUCGAUUUGUCUAUUGAUGAAUCGAGCUUUACCGGAGAGACUGAACCGGGAAGGAAAUGCACUGAAUUGGUCUUGAACAACAGUGGGAAUAAGGAUCAUACAAAUAUGAAGAAUAUCGCAUUUAUGGGUACCCUUGUUCGAUGUGGAAAUGGAAAGGGAAUUGUUGUAAGCACAGGAGAACGAAGUGAAUUCGGUGAAGUCUUUAAAAUGAUGCAAGCCGAAGAAGCGCCUAAAACGCCACUACAAAAAUCCAUGGAUAUUCUAGGAGCUCAAUUGAGUUUCUAUUCAUUCCUAAUAAUCGGCGUUAUCAUGCUCCUAGGCUGGUUACAGGGCAAGCCUUUAACAGAAAUGUUCAAUAUCAGCGUGAGUCUUGCUGUCGCAGCUAUUCCCGAAGGUCUCCCCAUCGUGGUUACAGUAACUUUGGCCCUCGGAGUAAUGAGAAUGGCCAAGAGAAAUGCCAUUGUUAAGAAACUCCCCACCGUGGAGACAUUAGGUUGUGUAAAUGUGAUUUGUUCCGACAAAACGGGUACCCUAACUAAAAACGAAAUGACAGUUACUGUGAUAAUAACCUCCGAUGGCUAUAUGGCCGAUGUAACAGGAGCUGGCUACAAUGAUCAAGGUGAAAUUCACAUUCGGAAUUGUAAUAAUGUCGAAGUAGCAAAGCAAAAUAUCACAAGUUUGUUAGAAAUUGGUGCCGUUUGUAAUAAUGCUUAUAUUCAAAAUGAAACAUUACUCGGACAGCCGACAGAGGGAGCUUUAAUCGCAGUUGCAAUGAAAAAUGGAAUGUAUGCAACGGCUGAAAACUAUGUUCGCAUUCAAGAGUAUCCAUUUUCGUCGGAACAAAAAAUGAUGGCAGUUAAAUGUAUUCACAAGUAUAACAACAAUAAGGAGGAAUUGUUUUUUGCUAAAGGGGCUUUGGAAAUGUUGCUGCCACAAUGUACAAAGUAUAUGUAUGGAGCGCAGGCAUUGACUUUGUCGAAACAAAAUGAAGCUGAAUUUUUGGCUGAAGCCUAUGAGAUUGGAAGGAAGGGGCUGAGGGUGUUGGCACUAGCUAAGGGUAAAUCGUUGCAGGAUUUGAUUUAUUGUGGUUUAGUUGGGAUUACGGAUCCGCCAAGGCCGUUGGUAAGGGAGUCGAUUGAGUUGUUGAUGCAGAGUGGUGUGAGGGUGAAGAUGGUUACGGGAGAUGCACAGGAGACUGCUAUGGCUAUAGCAAAUUUGAUUGGAAUCGACACAAUCCAUCACCAAACCCUCUCUGGUCAAGAAAUGGAUCAAUUAAACGACCAUCAACUGGACAAAGUUGCUAAUAACGUCAGUGUAUUCUACAGAGUUACCCCACGACACAAACUCUCCAUAGUCAAAUCCCUCCAAAGAACUGGCAAUAUUGUCGGAAUGACUGGCGAUGGAGUAAAUGAUGGAGUUGCUCUCAAAAAAGCUGAUAUCGGUAUUGCUAUGGGAAAGAAUGGUACAGAUGUCUGCAAGGAGGCAGCUGAUAUGAUCCUUGUUAAUGAUGAUUUUCAUACAAUUAUAGCUGCAAUUGAAGAAGGCAAAGCAAUCUUCUAUAACAUUCGUAACUUUGUACGAUUUCAACUGAGUACAUCUAUCGCUGCUCUAUCCCUAAUCGCUCUAGCCACCCUAAUGGGUAUCGCAAAUCCUCUAAAUGCCAUGCAAAUUCUAUGGAUUAACAUCAUCAUGGACGGCCCCCCAGCUCAAUCACUCGGAGUCGAGCCAGUCGAUCAUGAUGUCUUGAAGCAAAAACCUCGCAAUGUCAAACAGCCAAUGUUAACAAAGUCAGUUAUUGUGAAUGUCCUUCUCAGUGCUAGUAUUAUAAUACUCGGCACACUCUGGGUAUUCCAACGUGAAAUGGCCGAUGGGACACUUGGCAAAACAAAACGUGACACCACCAUGACUUUUACAUGUUUUGUUUUCUUCGAUAUGUUUAAUGCGUUAAGUUGCCGUUCGCAAACUAAGAGCGUCUUUAAAAUUGGUCUAACUUCAAAUCGAAUGUUCCUUUUGGCUGUGGGAUUCUCAAUUAUUGGACAAAUGCUUGUUAUUUAUUUUCCACCUUUACAGAUGGUCUUUCAAACUGAAGCCUUAUCAGCUUAUGAUAUACUCUUUUUAUUGAGUUUAACAUCAUCGGUGCUGAUUGUGGCUGAAAUUAAGAAAUGGUUUGAAAGGACCAUGGAACGAAAGAUCUACAAGACCAGAACUGAUUUAGAUUUCGUAUGACAAAACGCAAGCGCUGGAAGAUUGUUAAAAAAUGAUUAAACUUAGAAAAAAAUAAAAAGUAUAAACAUAAAAAUUAAUAAAAAAUAAUAAUAAUAAUAAUUAAACGAUAGAUAUAGGUAGGGGAGAGAAAGAAAGAGAAAAAGAGAGAGAGAGAGAGGAUAGAAAAUAAUAAAAAAAAGAGCGAGAGACAGUAUGAUAUUGAAUGCAAAAUAUGCAUAUUUUGCAUUUAAUAAAAAUAUUAAUGAGAGAUAUUUUGUUUGUUUAAAUAUUUUAUAUAAUAAUUUUAUUUUUCAUAAGAUUUUGUUCGAAUUUUAAUUUUUAAAUUUAUUAAGAGUAAGCAAGAGAGCAGGAUAAUAGUUUUAAAUAAAUUAAAUUUUAAAUUAAUUUUUGUUUCUGUUAAUUUAUAUAAAAAUAAUUUAUAAUUGGAUUUGAUUUAUGUAGAAUUCGGCCGAGUUUAUUGAGAAUCUAUUUAAAAUU